AUAACAUGAGUGGGAUGGGAAGUUUUCACAAAGUCCCGCGAGGUCCAUCUUCGGGAACAUCUCUGAUGAGAGUACCAGUGCCCAUCCUGCUAUCAGGUAUAUCCGCCUUCUUCGCCACAUUCUUAUCAGCACAUAAUAAGACGAGUCAAAAGACGUGAUGUCUCCUCCUAUUCACUUUCUGAACACGGUCCAAGGUCAACAAGAAGCAUCAGACAAGUUCUCGAUCUUGACUCCUCCUAGGACGGAUAUCUUUGCAUCUCCAACACAUGGAUACCACUUCUCGGCGCCAAUUAUUUACACCCAACUCCCUAUCCUAGAAUUUGGAUCCGCCAAAGCUACAAUCUCAAUCCCAUUCACACUACAUUCUCCAAAGGAGAAAGAAGUAGAGAAUCCUACUCUUCAAUUCGACCAAGGAGGCUUGGUGUUUGUCUUUCCUGGUGCUGGGACUGAGGCAAAAGAUCUGGUACAAGCAGAGAAAGAGACGCAUCCAAGAUGGAUCAAAGCCGGGAUCGAAGUCUGGGAAGGAAAGGCAUGGGGAAGUAUCGUUGUGAGAGAAAAAUGGAGUGAUUGGAGUUUGUUCGAACCUGGUCAGAUUACUGCGACUGGAACGUACAAAAUGACUCUUGAGAUGGAAAGAUUUGGUGAUGCGUUGAUGAUUUAUACUGUAAGCGAGGUGAAGAAGAGGACUUUGGUGAGGAAAGUGCCAUGGGUCUUCUUGGAGGAGGAAAGGAGCGGUGUUGAGACUAUAAUGAUUGGAGUUUAUGGAGCAAGGCCGGAUCCAUUUAAUGAGGCGAAAGGGAAAUUGCUGGAAAUUGGUAUCAAGAGCUUCGGAGUUAAGGAUCAAGACGGAAAAAGAAUCAUAUGACAGUCCAAUCAAAAAGUUCAUAUUAAUCCAGUAAUUAAGUGAACAGAAUAUGAGAUAAAAAUUACGAGCAAAUGAAUCUACAAAGACACCA